AUUUAAAAAAAAAAAUCUGCAUUCACUGGUUAGAGACUGUAUGUAAAUGUAUUUAUUGUCAAUUGUGUGCCAGUUCAAUAAAUACAGCAGUGAUCAUCAACUUACGGCCUGCAGGCCCAAUCCGGCCCACCAAUCCAUCCAAACAGGCCACGACUGGAUUCCAAAAUAAAACAUCAAAUAACCUGUGUUACCAAAUACACCAUCUUCUCCAGUUUAAAUUAAGAAACUGAUUUAAAGCCUUGGUUCAAAUGACUCCAAUGAUCACAGACCGGGCCACGCUGAGGUUGUGUCUGGGCCGUGAGCGGCCCUCAGGCCACUAUUUUAUCAUCAUAUUGUAGAAUUAGUUACUUAGAAACUCUCAAAUAAAAAUAUUUGUCUUCAUUUUUUAACAUUUUUUUUAAGAUAAAAUGGACCAAAAAUGUGUUUGAUCCAAUCUUAAAAUUCAGUCUUUGGAUUUUAACUGACUUUUUUUUCGCUUUUUUUUUGAUUAGAAACAUAAAUUUCUCUGGGGACAAAGGAAAAUUAAAAAAUUAUUUCAUGAAUUAUUUCACAGUACAGUUUCAACAGUGACAGGCUGCUGUAGCUCAGCUGUUCUGGCAGCUGAGGGAGUGAGUCACGGUGCUGAUGGUCCUCCAGUUUCCUCACCGUCAGACUCAGGCAGGGAUGUGGCUCCUCUCCUGGAGGUGGAGGGGGUUUUUGGUUUCACCCCCACAGCAGAGCAGGGUCGGGCCGUCAUCUCUCCUCCGUCCUGUCUCCGCUCAUAUUUAUGCAUUAGCUCCUUUCUGCAGUGAGCCACUGGAGGUUGGUGUGUUGUAAGGAGGUGUUCCCAGUUCUCCCUCCCUCCCUCUCUUUCGCCAUCCUUCCUCCCUUCUCCCUCCUCCUCCUCCUCCUCUUCACUCCCCUCCCCACCUCCUCAGUGCUGCCGCUCAUCUACGGAGUGUCUUUACACUCAGACGUGUUUGGCGUUCAGUCCUUGAAGAACCCCGAUGGCCCCCCAUCACCGACGGGUCUGCGUUAACCACAGGACCAGCCCCGGCUCCGGCUCCCAGCUCUCCUAGCACAGGCAGGACCCCGACAGCCUGCUCCCGGAAUACCGCAUUGUUUUGUCAUUCCCAGCCCGAGACAGGAGGAGGGAAGAGAAGAGGAGGGUGAUGAUGCUGAUGAAGAGCCCACGAUGGUGGAUUUCCCUUUUGUGCGUCUGUGGACUGAUGCGCGUCGGUCACCAGAGCGGCACAAACGAGCGAGACGGAGACGCCUUCACGAGCAUGAAGGCUCUGCGUGAUGCAGGCAGGUUCGUCGGGAAGGAGGACACGGUGCCGCUCCGUCUGCUCUUCAGCAGACUCAACCACAGCCAGGUCCUGCACGACGAGCUCAGCACCAGGGUGAAAGCCAGCCCCGGGGCCACGCAGGUGAACCACGUGGCCCAGGCCAGCUUUCAAGUGGAGGCCUUUGGUAAAGGAUUCAUCCUGGACGUGGAGCUGAACCAUGAUCUGCUGUCUUCGGGGUACGUGGAGAGACACGUCUCAGACGGAGGAAAACCCGUCGUCACCAAAGGGGGAGAGCUCUGCUACUACCAGGGGAAGAUCCGAGGUAUCCCACAAUCCUUUGUGGCCCUAUCUACGUGUCAUGGAUUACAUGGAAUGUUUUUCGACGGCAAUUACACCUACAUGAUUGAACCUGGAGGACAAGACAGCAGCUCUGAGGAUGUCCGUAUUCACAUGGUAUAUAAAUCUGCAGGCGAGGAAGGAUUCAAAGCAUUUCUACAUGAGAACCUACCAGAGCCUCCUUUUCCCAGUCCUCCAUUUCCCGGGUCAAAGGUCGUUCACAGGAGGCAAAAGAGACAGGUCCCACACCUGUCCCACAGUGUCGAGGAUGAGACAAAAUACAUCGAGUUGAUGGUGAUCAAUGACCAUUUAAUGUACAAGAAGCAUCGGCUUUCUGUGGGGCACACAAAUAACUAUGCUAAGUCGGUGGUCAAUAUGGCUGACUUGAUCUUCAAGGAACAGCUAAAUACCCGCAUUGUACUGGUCGCUAUGGAAACCUGGUCUGCUGACAACAAGUUCAACAUUGACGACGACCCCAUGGUGACCCUGAAGGAGUUCAUGAAGUACCGCAAAGACUUCAUAAAGGAGAAAUGUGACUCUGUUCACCUCUUCUCAGGAAAUCGCUUCCACAGCAGCUGGGGCGGAGCUUCCUACAUGGGAGGAGUUUGUUCCUUGUCUAAAGGAGGUGGAGUCAACGAGUAUGGUAAAACAGAUGAGAUGGCCAUCACUCUGGCCCAGUCACUUGGACAGAACGUUGGCAUCUUCUCAGACAAGAAGAGAAUCCUCAACGGUGAAUGCAAGUGUGACGAUCAGUGGUCAGGCUGUAUCAUGGAUGAUGUUGGUUUCUACCUGCCAAAGAGGUUCUCUGAUUGCAACGUGGAGGAAUAUCACAACUUCCUGAACAGUGGAGGAGGCAUGUGUCUGUUCAACAAACCUCUGAAGCUGUUGGACCCUCCAAUCUGUGGCAACGGCUUUGUGGAACCAGGAGAGGAGUGUGACUGCGGCAGCCCAGCAGACUGUGCCAGAGAGGGUGAAAUGUGCUGUCAGAAGUGUACGCUGACUCAAGGCUCAAAGUGCAGUGAUGGACUCUGCUGCAACAACUGCCAGAUGGAAAUGACGGGGGUAGUGUGUCGAGAUGCAGUGAACGACUGUGACAUCCCUGAAAAUUGCACCGGCAACUCUAGCCAGUGUCCUCCUAAUGCACACAAAAUGGACGGCUACACAUGUGAGAAGGAUCAGGGUCGCUGCUUCAACGGACGGUGUAAAACCAAAGACAGACAGUGCAAGUACAUCUGGGGAGAGAAGGCAACAGCGGCCGACAAGUUCUGUUACGAAAAGCUCAACAUUGAGGGCACAGAGAAGGGCAACUGUGGGAAAGACAAGGACACUUGGAUCCAGUGUAACAAGCAGGAUGUCCACUGUGGUUACCUGCUGUGCUCUAACAUCUCACCUGCGCCGCGACUGGGGGAGCUGCAGGGUGGACUGACCUCCUUCUCUGUGGCCCGACACAGCGCUUCUCUGGACUGCAGCGGUGCCCACGUGGUGAUCGAUGGAGACACUGAUCUUGGAUAUGUCGAAGACGGAACCGCCUGUGGGACAGACCACAUCUGUUUCAAUCACAAAUGUCUCCCCAUCCAACAGUUCAACUUCAGUACCUGCCCCGGGACUACGGACAAGACCAUCUGUUCUGGACACGGGGUGUGCAGUAAUGAGCUGAAGUGUGUGUGUUACCUGGGCUGGGCCGGAGAAGACUGUAAUUCCACGUCUCCGCUCAGUUACCUCAUGGUUGGACCAACGACCUCCGUUUCAAGUAUCACCAGUACCAACAUCAUCGUCGGGGCCAUCGCAGGCUCCAUUCUCUUCCUCGCACUCAUCCUGGCUGUUACAGCCUGGUGCUACAAGAGCUACAAGAAGAGGCGCUACGCUGAGUCGGAGGUUCACCGAAGAUUCUGCCGGCAAAUGCCUCCAGGCGACUAUGUAACAAAGCCUGGGGACGCAGAUUCAUUUUACAGCGACAUGCCUCCAGGUGUCAGCACAAACUCCGGCUGCAGCUCUAAGAAGAGGUCAGCCUGCCUGUCCCACCUGCAGAUUUGCACCUUGUCCUUCACUCCAUCCAUCCCAUCCAUUUCUCAGAACAUCUCACUGUUUGGCUUCAGAUCUAACGGACUGUCGCACUCAUGGAGCGAGAGGAUCCCAGAUGCCAAACACAUCUCUGACAUCUGUGAAAAUGGACGGCCGAGAAGCAACUCUUGGCAAGGAAAUCUGAGUGGGAAUCGUAAGAAACUGAAAGGAAAGAAGUUUCGCGCUCGCUCUAAUUCCACAGAGACGCUUUCUCCUGCCAAGUCUCCCACUUCCUCCACUGGGUCGAUCGCAUCCAGCAGGAAGUACCCGUAUCCAAUGCCUCCUCUCCCCGAUGACCAGAGGAAAGCGAGGCAGAGUGCCAGGCUGUGGGAAACUUCAAUAUAAAAAAGUUCUCACACUCUGCGCAAGAACAAAAGGAACUUCACUUGUCUCUCCUUUUUUAUGAGUGAACAAAAGAAAAAUGAAGCUAAAUUGACUCUAAACAACUAACAAGAAAUAAAGAGAGAGAGAGGAAACCCCCCGUCUGGAGUGGAACUAGUGUGUGUGUGUGUGUGAGCUGGUGUGUGAAACCAUCUCUGAGGCCGGAGAGCCUCUUGUUUCAGCGCAUCACUACAGGAUGAUGCAGACGCUCUGGAGGAGACUCCAGCGCCACCUUCAGUCCAGACCACCUGGAGCUGAGCCUGAGCUGUUCCGUCACCGAAGGGACCUUUGAAUCCCCAGACCCCUCGACCCCUUCACCUCCACCCACCCACCCAGCCAACCUAAAUCCUGAACUCUCUCUCAUCACACUCACCGUCACGCCACUGUUCCGCGAGGUCUUUGACGCUCCUCUCCGCAGGACUUUCUCACAUCAUUUCCACGCACGUGAAUCACUGUAGACACACUGUAUGCAUGAGACGACCCUGUUUAUCAGCAUCCUCCUCCGACAGACGAGACCCGAGGAGCAGUGAGGCCAUCUGAGAGGAAAGCAUGCGGGGAGGGCAGUGAUUUUAUACCUUCUGUAGGCUUCCAUGCAUCCUCUACACUAUAGCAAACCCAUAUUCUAUCAACAAGUAUAAAGCAUUAAGUCAUGACGCCAUGAAGUCAUGGACGCCCCCGCUUCUUCUCCUUUUCACGGCGUUGUUUGUGCGUGUGUAAAUAUGUACAGGAAAAAUCCUCAAAGACUGUGGUUUUUUUGUUGUUUGUUCGUUUGUUUGUUUUUCCUUUUGGCUUUAUGUCGAAAGAUCUUUUGGCCGUAUGGUGUUGUGGACAGAAGCCGGUCUCUGUAGGAGAGAAGACAUUCUCCACGCUCCGUCACCUGGCAUUUUUACUAGAGAUGUCCGAUAAUAUUGGCCGAUAUUAGCAUAAUUGUGUAAUAUCUGUAAGAAAUGUUAUUGAAUUUUCCUCCGAUAAUGAAAACCUGAUAACCCAAUGUCUGGGUUUCGCCAAAUUCACUGGAAUCGCUUGUAGGUUCCUGAGACGUUUCCCUCAGUUUUGGGGACAAACAGCUGCAUAUAUCGGUAUCGGUUGAUAUCGGAAAUUGAGUGUUUGGAUAAUAUCAACAUAUCAGAUAUCGGCAAAAGAGUCAAUAUCGGACAUCCCUAAUUUUUACCAUUCUUCUGAGUAACUCUGACGUCGUUUUUCCGCACAUACAGCAGAGUCCACCCGUUUGGGGCGAUGUAGAUUGUGCUACUCCACAGUAUGAAUGUUACUGCGAUCGUGUUAAUUUAGCUGCGUUGAAAUAGUCACAUGUGCCAUUAGUGUGCGAAGAAAUGGACGAAAGGCUUUGUGUUGCUGUAGUUGUAGAAACACCCGCUCCACCCGCCCCCUAGUGUCAAUUUGCAAAUUUCCAGUUAAAAGGACGAGGUCAAUUCAAGGUCAAGGUGGAGUCAUAACCUCCAGCUCUGUGAGAAUCUGGAAGCCGUGAUUGAAAAAUGCAUUUUGGAUUUAGCUGUGAUGACGACGAUGUUUAGCUUUUAGAUGAAUAAAUACGCUGUACAGUGCUUGCUGUUUGAGCUUGUGAAGACCAACAGCAUGACAGUUUCAUAUCCGAUUUUUUUUUUUUUUCGGAGCAGGGAGCAUGUCACCAAAAGACCUUUUCCCCUUCGUCACCAUCCUCAUCGUCAGUCAGGAAGGAUUUGUUUUUUCAUUCUCGCUGUUUAAGGAGGAAUUUUCUGGAAACGAUCUUGUUUCUCUUAAAUCGGGUUAUUUGUACAGCCGUGACUCAUUACUCCCCCCAGUGGAGACUUUGUUGUUUACAGGCCACGUGUUUGUCAUUGAGUCAUUGUUUAGUUUUCGCUCUGUUGUGGACACUCGUUGGUUCGUAAGUUACGUUUGCGUUAGGAUUGUGAAGUGAUGGUAAUACAAUUGUUACCUUACUGGACUUUAUUACUAAUCGUAUGUUGUUGUUUUUUUCCUUUUUUAAGGAAGUACCUUUGUAAUCUUCACUCUUUUCUCAGCGUAAUGUACAGCAACUGUGAUGAAGUUAUUCUGAGUUUGAAUGGAGAAAUGAUGAAUGAUGUUUUUUU